UCACCUUCUCCUUUCUUCACUUACGUUUCCGUCCGCUUCGUGUCCGAUACCCUCUCUAUUACCAUACUCGACUACCGAUUCGAUUCCGUCUGUUGCCGGCGCGACUUGUUAAAUCGCUAUGGCGGAGAUGGUCGGCUCCAUGGUCGCCGGUGAGGUUGUCAACCGGACUUCCUCCUUUCUCAUCAGCAAGCACCGGGAGAGACUAACGACGCGAGAAGGCAUCGAGAGGCUGGAGAUGGCGCACAUCAAGAUGGAGGCCGCGCUGGAGGUGUUCAGCCGGUGGCAGGUCACCGACAUGUCCCUUCUCCUCUGGCGGCGGAAGCUGAGACGCGCCGCAGACGACUGCGAUGUCGCGCUGCACCGGUGGAAGCUGCGGGAGCUGGAGGAGGAGGCAGCCAGGGAGAGGCUGGCGCUGGCGCCCUUCCCUAGGCGGGUCGCUGUCGCGGUCUUGUCGUUCAUCUCGGCUCUCCUAGUGCUGGCCCGUGGCAGCGACGAGUCCUCCCGUGCCUGUGCUGCCGUUCAGAGGUUUGAGAGGCUGGCCAAUGGCGCCGCCGAGUUUCUGAGAUACGUGGAGUUCAGCAGCCCGCGGAAGUGCAGCUUGUUCAGCCCUGUCGUUCGGAAGCUUGGUAAACAUGUGAACUGCGAUAUGUUGCAGCAGGGAGCCCGGCACAGUUUCCUGCGCGUUCGAUCCGAAAGUCCGGCAGAGGGUUGGGUAGAAAGCAAGCCUUGCUAUGCUUACGAGAAUCGUCGGGCGUCCGGGGAAAAAAUGUUACCGGUAUGAAAAUGAACAGGCAACAAGGCACGCGAUCGACUUCAGUCUAACUGUUGGAGUCAGGGUCACAGCAGGUUCCGUUUGGAAAGUGGUCACUCCAUUUGACGCUCAAAUCUGCGCGAAAGCAAGGAAACGAUUUUAGGGCUCCAAAUUGUAGACCGUGGCAUACUUGAUCGAGUCCAUAGUCGAAUUCAUAAUAUGCGCGUUGUUUGGAACUUCGUAUAGGCAAGUCAAAAGCUCUCGCUCUCUUUUGGUGUACCAUCCAGGUUAAUGUCCUCAAGGUUGAGGCUGCCUCCCAGAUAGGAUUGUUGGCUUUCACAUUAGUGGUAAAUAUAUCAUUUUUUUUACAUUUACAUAGCUUUUGCAUUCAAUGUAUAUGUGUAAUUCGCAAAAUCUGGACGAUGAUCCACUUAUUGACUAAAACACAAUAUCUAGUGCAACAUUC